AUGUCCUCUUCUUCCACCGACACGACUAAAGCCAUUUCGGAUCUCCCUAUGGCCCCCCUCGCUAUCGCUGGUUCGGUGGCCGCUGCACUCAGUGCUGGAGUUCUCAUCUAUAGACAUCGUCACCAAGAGCUUCCUCUUCCGCGCUCCCUACGUCGUAUAGCGCCAGCCCUACUCACCAGAGCAGGUGGACAGGCCGAGUCGGCUCACUUCAAGAUGCCAGUGUUUGAUGGCCCCGUCUUGUAUGAGAAGGGCGCCAAUGGUCAGAAGAUGGAUAAAAGAUUAUACUGUCAACUCUACGUCCUGGACUGCAUCAACGCCGCUAAGUUGCCGGAGGCUCGAGAGAAGCUUCAGCUCGAGUUAGUCAGAAGGAACAUCCCAAGUGUUAUUUACGACGAUGUGAACAGUCCGAAGGCCAUCGGCCUUCUAACUUGGAGUGAGGAUCCGAAGCAUUUCCCUACUGUGGUUAACCCCGUCCUCCAGUUGGAGGGUAUUGGUGAUGUAUUGGAACCUAGACAAGGCUGGACCAUGCUUGGCAAGACCUAUUCAAGUGGCCACGAGGCUGACCUUGAAGACUAUCUCCUCCAGAAAGUCAUUCGUAAUGUGACUAUGAAGGAUACCGAGUAUGCCAUCUGGUACCCCAUGAGGAGGGAGGGAAAGUUCUCUAUGGAAAAACCUGGGGACCAGUGUCAGAUGCUCCUUCAGCAUGCUGCUAUCGGAAAAGCUUACUCCAAGGUCGGUGCUUGGGAUGUCCGUCUUAACUGCUACGGUCUUGAUGCUGCUGACAACGAGUUCGUCAUUGGCCUAGUCCACAAGGAGCUCAAUCCCCUUUCUAAGUUGGUCGAGGACAUGCGUAAAACAGAGCACACCGCUCUCUUCAUGAAGUCCCUCGGACCUUUCUUCGUUGGUCACCGUGUUUUCGUACACGCGCCGUCUAACUAA